AUGGCGGGUUUGUGUCGUGGUGCAAAUAUUGGUGGUGAAACGGAAACUGCCAAACCGGUUGAGCCUAGCUCUCAAUCGGCACGGAGGCGAAGGAUGGAGAUUCAUCAGUUUAGAUUUGUGGCCUCCGAUACAGCGGUGGCUCCGCCGCUUGAAAGUGGUAGGAGGAAGAGGCAAAGGCUUGGUUCGGCGGAUGUUCCAUCUGGCCGAGCCUGUGAUAACGCCGUUCAAAAUUCUAUAGUUGAUGAGAGAAAAAUUCCAGCAGGACCUGGGAGUGAAAAAGAUGCUGAUUCAAAUAAGUGUUGUCCGUCAAUUUCUUCGUCUUCUUCCGAAAUUAAGCCUGCUGUUGAGCUUGCAUCUGAUGUACCUAAAUUCGGCAUGACUUCAGUUUGUGGAAGGAGGAGAGAUAUGGAAGAUGCAGUAUCAAUUCAUCCGUCUUUCUCUCGAGAAGUUCCUGAAAGUUCAACUGAUUUGCACUUUUAUGGUGUCUUCGAUGGACAUGGCUGCUCCCAUGUUGCCAUGAAAUGCAAAGACAGGAUGCACGAGAUAGUGAAGGAUGAAUUGGAGAGAGUAGGCGAAAAUGAUUCCUGGGAGAACAAGAUGAAGAGGAGUUUCUCGCGCAUGGAUGAAGAAGUCACGCAGUGGUCUACGGCGGUGGGGAUCACCUCUCCGUGCCGCUGCGAGCUCCGAACGCCGCAGUGCGACGCCGUGGGAUCCACCGCCGUUGUCGCCGUGGUAACACCGGACAAAAUCAUCAUCUCAAAUUGCGGUGAUUCUCGGGCCGUUCUUGGCCGGGACGGGAAAGCCGUUCCUCUAUCCGUGGAUCACAAGCCUGAUAGGCCUGAUGAAUUAGAACGGAUCCAAGAAGCUGGUGGGCGGGUCAUAUACUGGGAUGGAGCUCGAGUUCUGGGCGUUCUAGCCAUGUCACGGGCCAUCGGAGAUAACUACUUGAAGCCGUACGUUAUAUCUGAGCCAGAAGUGACAGUAAUCGACCGAACCGACGAGGAUGAUUGCCUAAUAUUGGCCACUGAUGGAUUAUGGGAUGUGGUUUCAAACGAAACGGCGUGCGGCGUUGCUCGGAUGUGCUUGCAGUCUUUGAAACCUCCGUCGCCGGUACGGUCACCGGGAAACCAGGAUGCAACAACAAUCAGUGCUGCCAGGGAGAGCUCCGACAAGGCAUGCUCCGAUGCGUCAAUUCUUUUGACCAAACUGGCUUUGGCCAGGCACAGUACUGAUAAUGUCAGCGUGGUGGUGAUUGAUUUAAGGAAAAAUCGAUCUUAA